ACUUCCUGCGGCGCCGCCCCUCCCGCCGCAGCCGUCGGGCCGGGGCUCCGUUCCGGGCUCGGGCCGUUGCAGCGGUCGCGACACGUGGCGCGGCGGGGCGGCCCCGCUGGCGGCAUGGCCGCGGCGGCCGAGGCGGCCGGCGGCGGCGGCAGCAGCCGCCACGAGAAGAGCCUGGGGCUGCUGACCACCAAGUUCGUGUCGCUGCUGCAGGAGGCCAAGGACGGCGUGCUGGACCUCAAAGCGGCUGCUGAUACCCUUGCUGUGAGGCAGAAGAGAAGGAUCUAUGAUAUCACCAACGUUUUGGAGGGGAUUGAUCUCAUUGAGAAGAAGUCAAAAAACAGCAUUCAGUGGAAAGGUGUAGGUGCUGGCUGCAAUACAAAAGAAGUCAUAGACAGGCUGAGGUAUCUGGAAGCUGAAAUUGAAGAUCUAGAGCUAAAAGAAAAAGAAUUGGAUCAGCAGAAACUGUGGCUUCAGCAAAGCAUCAAGAAUGUAAUGGAUGAUUCUACAAACCACCAAUUUUCAUAUGUCACUCAUGAAGAUAUCUGCAACUGCUUCAAUGGAGACACACUUCUAGCAAUUCAAGCACCUUGUGGUACACAGUUAGAAGUACCUAUACCUGAAAUGGGACAGAACGGACAGAAGAAAUACCAGAUCAAUCUUAAAAGUAGUUCAGGACCUAUCCAUGUGCUGCUUAUAAAUAAAGAAUCAAGCUCCUCCAAGCCCAUGGUGUUUCCAGUUCCUCCGCCUGAUGACCUCGCACAGCCUCCAUCUCAACCUGCAGCUCCAGUGACUCCCCUUAAACCUGCUACAGCUCCUCAAAACCCACCAGAACAGCACGAUCUGAACGAAGGACAGGAGUUACCGCAAACAUCAGCUGUGGACACGCCAUCAGACGGCAGCGUGCAGCAGAACAGCACAACCCCAGCAGCUCCUUACUCCAGCCUUACAGAGCCGGUGUUGUACCCCAGCCUUUCAGGAGAUGUUGCCCAAGCUACUGCUAGCUCAAAUGACUACCAGGGCUUGCUGCCCCUGGACGUUAACUGUAUUCUCAAGCCAAACUCAUUUGACAUAGCAAAGAUGGAGGAGCCCGCAGGAAAUAUCAGCGGGGAUAUUAUUGAUGAACUCAUGUCUUCUGACGUUUUUCCUCUCUUACGACUCUCUCCUACUCCCGGAGAUGACUACAACUUUAACCUGGAUGAUAAUGAAGGAGUCUGUGAUCUCUUUGAUGUGCAGAUACUAAAUUAUUAGAUAUUGUGUCAACCAGACUACUUAUCUAC